AUGGACGCCACAUUUGACCUCCCAGACUCUACGGAUUGGAUAGCGACGAGUCUCCCCGCUUUCGAACCGCUUGAAGCGGCUUUGCGCUGCGAGAUGUGCAAGGAAUUCUACUCGAACCCUGUCAUCACAUCGUGUUCGCAUACUUUCUGCUCGAUAUGCAUACGAAGGAGCAUAGCUGCAGACGGCAAAUGUCCGAGCUGCAGGACGGUCCUGUCGAGCGACAAGUUGGCCCCGAACAUCGCCGUGAGGGAGGUCGUCAUGCGCUUCCAAGAGGCGAGACCGAGAGCACUCGAACUGGCGCGCGCACAUAAAGAACAAGAGAGUGGGAUAGAAGCGGGUAGCAACAAGAAGAGAAAAUUAGACGACACGGAUAUGGAAGACGGCGAGGAUGUGAGGCAGACAAGGUCACGGCAGACUCGGAGCAGUCGGCGCAAUGCGGGCUCCAGUGAUGCGCCAGUCGAGGUACCAGAGAGCGGGGACGAUGGAGACGAGGACUUCAUGCCUGAGGGCAUGGCGAAGUGCCCAAUAUGCAGCGAGGCCAUGAAGCAAGAGCUGGUUUUCAAUCAUCUGGACGUCUGCACCGGGCAGAGCUCGUCGCAAGGGCGAACUACCCGCUCGAAAACCAAGACUUCCUUUCCUGCAGCAUUACAAAGACAACAGAGAGAACCCUCGCCCCCACCGAUUCGCCUAUCAACGCUCAACUAUUCGAUGAUGAAGGAAGGUGCGCUGCGCAAGAAGCUACAAGAGAUUGGGAUACCCAAUUGGGGCAGCAAGGACUUGAUGAGGCGCCGGCACAUCGAGUGGCUGAACAUCCACAAUUCGAAUUGUGACGCAGACGAGAGGGAACGGAGACCGAAAAGACAGCUCCUGAAGGAGCUUGAAGAAUGGGAGAACACGCAAGGUGGAAGAGCAGAUGUCAAGGAGAGUAAGGUCAUGAGGAAAGACUUCGACGGCAGCGGGUAUGCCAAGUCCCAUAAAAGCGACUUUGACGACCUGAUCGCUCAGGCGCGAAAGAAACGCGCUGCGCCAAAGCCAGAGAACAAG